UCCUUCUUCGAUGAUUAUAGUAGCAGUUUACUGUCCCGUAGUAGCUGCUGUUUUCAUUGUUCUGAAGAUGGUCAACUAUCGACUACACAGAGCACUUGAUGCUGGAGAAAUUGUAGACCGGCGCGCUAAUGAGUUCGCAGAUCAGCGAGCCAAAGCUGAGCAAGGCAACUGUUCAACAAGGCGGAAAGACAGCAAUGGCCCAAGCGAUCCUGGUGGAGGGAUUGAGAUGUCAGAAUUUAUUCGAGAGGCCACACCUCCUGUCGGUUGCAGUUCAAGAAAUUCUUAUGCUGGGUUAGACCCAAGCAACCAGAUUGGAUCUGGAUCCUCUCGACUUGGAACAGCAGCAACUAUUAAAGGAGAUACGGACACUGCUAAGACUUCCGAUGAUAUAAGUUUAAGUCUGGGCCAGAGCUCUAGUCUUUGUAAAGAAGGAAGUGAAGAGCAAGAUUUGGCGACUGAUCGCAAGCUCUUCCGCCUGGUCUCCAAUGACUCCUUCAUUUCUAUUCAGCCGUCCCUGUCCUCUUGUGGACAGGACUUGCCAAGGGACUUCAGUGACAAAGUGAGCCUGCCAAGUCAUAGCCAGCACCACCACGUUGACCAGUCACUUUCCAGUGCCUGUGACACAGAAGUAGCUUCUCUUGUACCUUUACAUUCACACUCGUACAGGAAAGAGCACCGGCCCCGAGGAGUGCCCCGGACCUCCAGCUCCGCCGUGGCGUUUCCCGACACGUCACUGAAUGACUUUCCUCUUUACCAGCAGAGACGGGGCUUGGACCCGGUGAGUGAGUUAGACUCGACUAAGCCGCCCUCGGGCUCCAGAGAGUCCUUAGUGGAAAAGUCCUGUCCACCCGCAGAGUUUCAGCCUGCUGGCGACCUGAAGAAAAGUAAUUCCCAGCCACCCACAAAGUGUGGGAGGAGCAGAGCACUGAACGCAGAAAAAAGCGUGGACAGCCUGAGGAGCCUGAGCACACGGAGUAGCGGGUCCACCGAGAGCUACUGCAGUGGGACCGACAGGGACACCAACAGCACUCUGAGCAGCUAUAAGAGCGAGCAGACCAGCUCCACGCACAUCGAGAGCAUCCUGUCUGAGCAUGAGGAGUCUCCUAAAGCGAGAAAGAAGAGUGCCCGGAAGAAAGAGAGCCGUGCUGACUCAGCGGAGGAGAGGCGCCACGGUGCCGGCGACCAAAGGACUAGCAGUGACGCGACUGCCCCAGAAGGGAGUACACCUGGUGGGCCUCCCGAGGCCCCAGACGCUCAGGCAUCUGAGGAGAAGCCUGACCAGGUUGCCCCCAGCAGCUCUGCAUCAGAAGAUGCCAAUAAAAACCCCCAUGCAAAUGAGUUCACCGUCCCCGGGGACAGCCUGCCGGAGCAGAGUGCCGAGAGCAAAGAGGAGCCGGGUGAGAAGCCCAGCCUUUCCACAGACUCCAAAGUUUGUAAAGAGGACAGUGGGAAGCAGAAGGAAGGAGACGUCCGACCCAAAUCCUCCAGCUUAAUCCACCGGACGACAUCCACCCACAAGCCAGGCAGGCGGCGCACAGGAAAGAAACGAGCCAGCAGUUUUGACUCGAGUCGCCACAGGGACUACGUUUCCUUUCGAGGAGUGUCUGGAACCAAGCCGCACAGCGCUGUAUUUUGUCAUGACGAGGACUCUAGUGAUCAGAGUGACCUGAGCAGAGCCCCAAGUAUUCAUUCCGCUCACCAGUUCAGCAGUGAUAGCUCUUUCAGCGCCACUUCUCAUUCAUGCCAGUCUCCUGAGGGCAAAUACAGUGCCCUCAAGACCAAACAUGGCCAUAAGGACCGGGGCACAGACUCAGACCACACGCACAGAGCUCACCCUGAGGGAACUGCCAAAAAGAGGGCCACUCGAAGGACUUCCAGCACAAACAGCGCCAAGACGCGGGCUCGGGUGCUGAGCUUGGACAGUGGCACUGUGGCCUGUUUGAAUGACUCAAAUAGGCUGCUGGCACCAGAAAGUAUAAAGCCCUUAACCACUUCAAAGUCAGAUCUUGAGGCCAAAGAGGGAGAGGUGCUGGAUGAGCUGUCCUUGUUGGGCCGGGCUUCCCAGUUAGAGACAGUUACUCGGUCUAGGAAUAGUUUGCCAAGCCAGGUUGCAUUUCCUGAAGGGGAAGAGCAAGAUGCAGCCUCUGGAGGUAAGUUCUCAUCUACGCUCUAUGAGACGGGUGGCUGUGACAUGUCACUUGUGAAUUUCGAGCCAGCAGCAAGAAGAGCGUCCAAUAUCUGUGACACGGACUCUCAUGUAUCAAGUUCUACCUCAGUUCGGUUUUAUCCACAUGACAUGCUUUCUCUCCCACAGAUUCGGUUGAAUAGACUGUUGACCAUUGACACAGAUCUGUUGGAGCAGCAGGACAUUGAUCUAAGCCCUGACUUGGCAGCCACUUACGGCCCCACAGAAGAAGCUGCCCAGAAGGUGAAACACUACUACCGCUUUUGGAUCCUCCCCCAGCUCUGGAUUGGCAUUAACUUUGACAGACUCACUCUUUUGGCGCUGUUUGAUAGAAACCGUGAGAUCCUGGAGAAUAUAUUAGCUGUCGUCCUGGCUAUUCUUGUGGCUUUUUUGGGAUCCAUUCUUCUCAUCCAAGGCUUCUUCCGAGACAUCUGGGUGUUCCAGUUCUGCCUGGUGAUAGCUAGCUGCCAGUACUCACUGCUGAAGAGUGUUCAACCUGAUUCUUCCUCUCCCAGACAUGGUCAUAACCGUAUCAUUGCCUACAGUAGGCCAGUUUACUUCUGUUUAUGCUGUGGCCUCAUUUGGCUCCUGGAUUAUGGCAGCAGAAACCUAACUACAAGCAAGUUCAAAUUAUAUGGAAUAACUUUCACCAAUCCACUGGUGCUUCUGUCAGCCAGGGAUUUGGUUAUCGUGUUUACACUCUGUUUCCCAAUAGUAUUUUUCAUUGGUCUCCUGCCUCAGGUGAACACAUUUGUAAUGUACCUUUGUGAACAAUUGGAUAUCCAUAUCUUUGGUGGAAAUGCUACCACCAGCCUGCUGGCCGCGCUGUACAGUUUCCUCUGCAGCAUCGUGGCUGUCGCCUUGCUCUAUGGGUUGUGCUACGGAGCUUUAAAGGAUUCAUGGGAUGGCCAGCACAUUCCAGUACUUUUCUCUGUUUUUUGCGGAUUGUUAGUGGCAGUGUCCUAUCAUCUCAGCCGACAAAGCAGCGACCCAUCUGUACUCUUCUCUUUGAUGCAAUCCAAGAUUUUUCCAAAAACUGAAGAGAAGAACCCAGAAGACCCUCUGUCUGAGGUGAAAGACCCGCUGCCGGAGAAGCUCAGCAACUCUGUUAGUGAGCGUUUACAGUCCGACCUGGUGGCGUGUAUCAUUAUUGGUGUGCUGUAUUUUGCCAUCCAUGUAAGCACAGUAUUCACAGCAUUGCAGCCUGCUCUCAAGUACGUGCUGUAUGCACUGGUUGGCUUUGUGGGGCUUGUAACCCAUUACGUGUUGCCUCAAGUAAGGAAACAGCUACCCUGGCACUGCUUCUCCCGUCCUCUGCUGAAGACAGCGGAGCACAGUCAGUAUGAAGUCCGAAAUGCAGCCACUAUGAUGUGGUUUGAGAAACUUCAUGUGUGGCUUCUUUUUGUGGAGAAGAAUAUCAUCUAUCCACUGAUUGUCCUCAAUGAACUUAGCAGCAGUGCAGAGACAAUUGCCAGCCCAAAGAAACUGGAUACAGAGUUGGGAGCCUUGGUGAUCACCAUUGCUGGCCUGAAGCUGCUGCGGUCCUCCUUUAGCAGUCCCACACACCAGUACAUCACGGUCAUCUUUACUGUGCUCUUGUUCAAGUUUGACUAUGAAGCCUUCUCGGAGACAAUGCUGCUGGAUCUCUUCUUCAUGUCCAUCUUGUUCAGCAAGCUUUGGGAGCUCCUCUAUAAGCUGCAGUUCGUGUACACCUAUGUCGCGCCCUGGCAGAUCACCUGGGGCUCUGCAUUCCAUGCUUUUGCUCAGCCCUUUGCGGUGCCCCACUCGGCUAUGUUGUUCGUUCAGGCAGUGGUGUCAGCCAUUUUCUCCACGCCGCUGACCCCCUUCCUGGGCAGCGCCAUAUUCAUCACCUCGUACGUUAGACCCGUGAGGUUCUGGGAGAGAGACUACAACACAAAACGUGUGGACCAUUCAAAUACCAGAUUGGCUUCUCAGCUUGAUAGAAAUCCAGGAUCAGAUGACAACAAUCUGAAUUCUAUCUUCUAUGAACAUCUAACCAGAUCCCUCCAGCACAGUCUUUGUGGUGAUUUGCUGCUAGGACGGUGGGGAAACUACAGUACUGGGGACUGUUUCAUCCUUGCCUCUGACUAUCUCAAUGCGUUAGUACACCUCAUAGAGAUAGGCAAUGGCCUGGUCACUUUCCAGCUGCGGGGACUCGAAUUCAGAGGCACCUACUGUCAGCAGCGGGAAGUAGAAGCCAUCACAGAAGGUGUAGAAGAAGAUGAAGGGUUUUGCUGCUGUGAGCCUGGCCAUGUUCCUCACGUGCUUUCCUUUAACGCUGCAUUUGGCCAGCGCUGGCUGGCGUGGGAAGUGGUCGUCACCAAGUAUAUUCUGGAGGGCUACAGCAUCACUGACAACAGUGCUGCUUCCAUGCUUCAAGUCUUUGAUCUCCGCAGAGUGCUUACCACUUACUAUGUCAAGGGCAUCAUUUAUUAUGUUACAACGUCCUCUAAGUUAGAGGAAUGGCUUGCCAACGAGACGAUGCAGGAGGGACUGCGUCUGUGUGCAGACCGAAAUUACGUUGAUGUGGACCCAACUUUCAACCCAAACAUCGACGAGGACUAUGACCAUCGGCUGGCAGGCAUAUCUCGGGAGAGUUUCUGUGUGAUUUACCUCAGCUGGAUAGAGUACUGCUCUUCCCGGAGAGCAAAGCCGCUAGAUGUGGAUAAAGAUUCGUCCCUGGUGACUCUUUGUUAUGGACUUUGUGUUCUGGGACGGAGAGCUUUGGGAACGGCCUCCCACCACAUGUCCAGUAACCUGGAGUCCUUUCUCUAUGGAUUGCACGCCCUGUUUAAAGGGGACUUCCGGAUUUCUUCAGUCCGAGACGAGUGGAUCUUUGCUGACAUGGAGCUGCUGAGAAAAGUUGUCGUGCCUGGAAUCCGCAUGUCCAUUAAACUCCAUCAGGAUCAUUUCACUUCUCCAGAUGAGUAUGACGACCCCACCGUGCUCUAUGAAGCCAUCGUGUCUCAUGAAAAGAACCUUGUGAUAGCCCACGAAGGCGACCCUGCAUGGCGGAGCGCAGUCCUUGCCAACUCUCCCUCCCUAUUGGCUCUGCGGCACGUCAUGGACGAUGGCACCAAUGAGUACAAGAUCAUCAUGCUCAACCGCCGCUACCUGAGCUUCAGGGUCAUUAAGGUGAAUAAGGAGUGUGUCCGAGGCCUCUGGGCAGGGCAGCAGCAGGAGCUUGUGUUUCUCCGGAACCGGAACCCAGAGAGAGGCAGCAUCCAGAAUGCAAAGCAGGCGCUUCGGAACAUGAUCAACUCAUCUUGUGACCAGCCUAUUGGCUACCCGAUCUUCGUGUCGCCUCUGACAACAUCCUACUCUGACACCCAUGACCAGCUCAAAGAAAUUCUUGGGGGACCAAUCAGCUUGGGAAAUAUCCGGAACUUCAUAGUGUCCACCUGGCACAGGCUAAGGAAAGGUUGUGGAGCUGGCUGCAACAGCGGUGGCAAUAUUGAAGAUUCUGACACUGGAGGUGGGACUUCCUGUCCGGGUAACAAUACAACCACUGCCGGUGAUCCCCACGGCAGUGUGUCCCAGGGAAGCACUGGAAACCCAGGACAGGGAACAGGAUCUGGACUCCACCCGCCCACCACACCAUAUCCUCCAACAUUAGGCACCAGCCACAGCGCCCACUCAGUGCAGUCCAGCCUGGUUAGACAGUCCCCAGCACGGGCCUCCAUGGCCAGCCAGUCUUCCUACUGCUACAGCAGCCGCCAUUCGUCCCUCCGGAUGUCCACCACGGGCUUUGUGCCAUGUCGGCGCUCCUCCACCAGCCAGAUAUCACUUCGAAACUUGCCGUCAUCCAUCCAGUCCCGCCUCUCCAUGGUGAACCAGAUGGAAGCCGCCAGCCAGGGCGGCAUGGGCUGUGUGCAGCACGGCCUGCCCUCCUCCAGCAGCUCGAGCCAAAGCAUCCCAGCUUGCAAGCAUCACACCCUUGUAGGCUUUCUUGGGGCCGAGGGUGGUCAGAGCGGUACCACUGAAGCCCAGCCAGGCAGCAGCUUAAGUCCUGCCAACAUUUCACAUGCCAGAAAGGGGGAAGUCGUUUACAGAGUCCAAAUUGUGGAUCUCAGUCAGAUUCUCGAAGCGAUUAACCUGUCGAAAAGGAAAGAGCUGCAGUGGCCUGAUGAAGGAAUUCGGUUAAAAGCUGGGAGGAACAGCUGGAAAGACUGGAGUCCUCAGGAGGGCAUGGAAGGCCACGUGAUUCACCGAUGGGUGCCUUGCAGCAGAGACCCAGGUACCAGGUCCCACAUCGACAAGACAGUGCUUCUGGUCCAGAUUGACGAUAAAUACGUGACUAUAAUUGAAACUGGGGUACUAGAACUGGGGGCAGAAGUGUGAGCCCACGUUGCGCACCCGAGUUUCUUUCUCUGGCUUCCCAGCCUUUGGAGAGAAAGCAAAGUUGCUGAAGAUCCGCCUACGGGGAGGCCUGCACUUCACAGCAAAGACUUGAACAGUGGCUUGGCUAAGCGCCUCUCCGCCCUGACUUUUGUCACUGUCUCCAUCCCCAAAUAAAGCUGAAAUAUUUUUUUAAGUUAGCUGCAUGAAAGGCAAAGUUGUCUGUCAGAGCCUGUUUAGGAAAGGCUCUCUAUGCAUUUACGCUUUGACCCACGGACUCUUGCCUCUAAUUCUGAGCUCAUAUUUUUCUAAUUUCUUUGCCAAAAACAGUUGCCAUGGUUUUUUGUUGUAGAAAAUGAAAUCCAUUGACCAUGAUUUUUGCAAACAGACCCACGUGGAAGCAUUCAGCUCAACAUAUAACAGUAUGAAAGUUUAACGUACAGUGAGAAAAGAUGAUGCAUAGAUGUAGGUUUAUCUUAUUCCAUGAACGCUAAAAACUUUAAUGAAAACAAACUGCACUAAUUUUUUACAGCAAUGCACUAAAUCUGAGAUUUCUCAGAACAUUUAUUUAUAUAUAAAAAUAAAUACCAUUAUUUAAAUUGCCUUCAGGAUUAGCCCCUCCCUUUCCUGACACAUGUAGCCAGCAGGACCUGCUGCUCCUUUUCUGUCAGUGCACUGCACUGUGGAGCCACUCCUAGCUUCAUCCCUGCCGUUUCCCAGCCCUGGGGACCAGUGGAUCCUCCUGGCCAACGCCACUGCCAGCUGCCCCGUCACGUCUCCAGUGUGCCGCGUUUCUUCAGCGGGUGGCAGGCCCUGUUGAGGUUGCCUCUGGAACAUGCUUUUGCUCUUCAAGAAGAUGAAGGCCCAGGAACUCAAGAGAGGAUCAGUUGCCUCUUGUCUGAAGAGUUCCUAGCUCUUGACAUUUAUUCACAUGAAGUUCAGUUUCUCAAGUAAAAUUUUUUCAAACAAAAUUGUCAUGUGGUGCGGUCCCUAUUCUGUCGUCUUCAGUUCUGCACUCUGCUCCUUCCUGUUCUCUUUCUAUCACUUGAAAUUAUUUCCUGUAAUUUAUGGUGUAUUCCUGUCUUAAAAUAUUUAUAACUGUGAAAUUGACUCAAUUCAUAUGUUGUCCCAUAAAUUAUAUUGUUUCUUUAAAGAGCAUGUAUCCAGGGAAAUAUGUACCUUGGAUUUACAGCGCGGCUGCAUGCAAACUGCAGUUUAGGUUUCACUUGCAACUUCAAGCAUUUUUUUUUUUUAAAUGCUUAAGAUUCCCUUUGUUCUAAACUCCAAAGAAAAUUGCCCAUCUCCUCUAGCACCUGGGAACAGCUGUCUGUCUCCGCGUGGACAGACCCUAGAAAGAAACAGGUCAGUUCAUUUUGAUGCUUUGUGAUAAAUCUGUCCGAGCUGUGACCGUUCCAUUGUGUGGCACUGGCCACUUUACCCGGUGGCUUCUGUGUGAGGCCACCUUGGUGGAGUGUCUUCUGAGGUGAGAGGAGAGAGCUGUUGUUCCCACUGGCUGGGGUACAGCUGUCAUCGUGCGUCCUGACACUACAGGAAACAGGAGCGCUGGCAGCAGCAGACAGGAGUCUGUCCACAGUGAUACUUCAAACCCUGUUUGUUUUCCCUGUAUUGUUUUUAAAUCUGUGUUCAGAACCCAAUGUGCCUUGUAUUGACGUUUCCAUAGACUUCAAACUUUGCAGACUUUAUUGUUUAAAAAUAUUUGACUUACUGAACCUUUACAAAGGAGCCCUUCUCUUUCUAAAUUGACCACUUUAAAGUGUAUUUCCCCCCGCUGCUGUUACUCUAUUCCCUUCGCCCAUUUGGACAAAUCCGUGCUUCGCGGUGUGUUCAGUGGUGGAUGUUCUUUCUGAAGCUAAAUGCCUAAUCUGUCUUGUCUGUGUUUGAAACUCCCUAGAGGAAUUGUGCGCCCUGCUGCUUGUCUGUUCCCUGCUCAAAAUGAGUUUGAUCUUGUCAUGGCCUCUCCUAGAUGGAGAAGUAAGUGGAGGGUUGGCAUUCUAAGAUGGAAAAGCAUCUAUCUUGCACAGAGAAAGAGGCAGAAGAUGAAUCGGAGGGUCAGAAUUCUGUUUCUGCCUAGUCCCCCAAUAACUAUUAGAUGUUAUAUGCUCCGAAAGUAAAGAUUCCCUCCUUAAGACGGAUUCUGUAUGGAACAUGUAUAGCGAGUCUGAAUUUGGGAGAGUUGAACAUUUUUCUUGGGACAAAUUCACUGUUUGUUAUCAUAUAGCUUUAUUAAAUUUAUAAAUUAGGAACCCUAAGAGAAUUUUGUUUUUAGUUUUUUAAUCUGAAACUGAUGACCUAAAAAAAAAUACCUUUUCUAAUUACAGCAGGAAAGAUAAUGAUAAUUAAAGAUUUGUGUUUUAAGAUUCAAUUUAUCAGGUUUUGUUUUGUUUUGUUUUUCUCCCAGUACCUACCUGGAUAGCAAGCUGGUAUUUUAGAUUUUCUGCUUAGACUUUCUCACUAAAGUACAGAACUCCAGCAUACCUCAGUGCAUUAGUCCCUAACUGCCAAAACUCAGAGUUCCUUAAUUUUGCAAGUAAUUAAAAACAAACUGUGUAUUUCUUUAGGUAGUUGUAUGACUGAAGUCUGUUUUUCUUCUUCAGUUUUCUUCUUUAUCUUGCCCCAUUUUAAGAUGAUAAUACUGGAAUGGCCUUAUCAUCUUCUUCAGUGACAAACAAACAAACAAACAAACCUUCUGUAGCCCUACACUAAGGUUUUGAAACGAGAUGCUCCUCCGGAAGCCGGCCGUCCUGAUGUGCCACUUUGUGGACGCAGCAUAGACCUACCCAGGGAACUCAAGCUGAUGGUCACACAGGAUCACACACAGCUUUGGUAUCAUACUUAUACCUAUUAUAUAGGCUCUGGCUUUCUUAUGCUUCAGCUCUGCCCCUGACAAGCUGUGAUUCACUGGAACCAAUAAGAGGGACAGAGGUGCCCUGACGGGUGGUGGGGAUAAGUCCAUGCUGCCUGCACAAUAGAGGCUGAGGUGGCUGCUCCAGGUGGCUCAGGUUUGGUGUGCUUGUCUUUAAAACAAAGACUGCAACCAAAACAACAGACAUGGGCUUGUGCUUUUUUUAAAGCUAGAGCCUCAGUAAGUUGUCAGCAUUGGUUGGUAACUCUGUUCAGGUCUGGCAGCGAGCUCUGCAUGAGGAAAAGGAAGAAGGAAUGUUAGAAAGGGUUGCGGGAAGUGGGCCUGUGGAAGGAGGGUGGCUUCCCCUUUUCUGAUCAUGGGCUCUGAAAGAUCGUUGCCUUUACCAGCAUUCAGUAUUUACCAGAAAGAAGGAUCUGUGUCCUUGCGCGUGUCUGUGAGAGUGGGAGUGCUGCUGUAAACAGCUGUAAAUACUGUAGUUGUUUAAAAUGGAAAUAAAAGCUGAGAGGUCUUUUGACAUAUAUUGAUCAGGAAAAAAUAGAGAGUAUUGACCAUGGAUUAAAAACAGGAAAUAAAAGUUUUUCAUUUUG